UUCGCGCUCCGUCCCGCACCUGCUCCCCUGUCGCCCGGCCCCGGGGCGCCACUGUCAUGAGGCUGGCGCUGCUCUGGGCCUUGGGGCUCCUGGGUGCCGGCAGCCCUCGGCCUUCGCGGCCGCUUCCAAGCCUAGGUGGUACUGAGGAGCAGCUGGCCGGACCAGGAAGGGCCCAAAAUGGGCUGGUGGAGCCCCAGGUCCUUCAGGACGUCCCUCUAAUUAACCUGGCAGAAGUGCUUCAGGCCAGCCUACCCGAGGCCCUGAGGAUCAAGCUGGAGCUGGAUGGUGAGAGUCACAUCCUGGAGCUGCUACAAAAUAGAGAUCUGGUCCCAGGCCGUCCAACCCUGGUGUGGUACCAGUCGGAUGGCACUCGAGUGGUCAGCAAGGGACAUACUCUGGAAAAUUGCUGCUACCAGGGGGGAGUGAAGGGCCGUGCAGACUCCUGGGCCUCUCUCUGCACCUGCUCUGGGCUCAGAGGGCUUGUGGUCCUGUCCCCGGAGAGAAGCUACACCCUGGAGCUGGGGCCUGAGGGCCUUCAGGGUCCUCCCAUUAUUUCCCGGAUCCAAGACCUCCUCCUGCCAGGCCGCACUUGUGCCCCAAACUGGCAUGCACCUGUGCCUGCUCAGGCCCAGCCAGACCCUCUCCUGGGCCAGCACCGCAUUCGCCAGAGGCGGGAUGUGGUCACCGAGACCAAGAUUGUUGAGUUGGUGAUUGUAGCCGAUCAUUCGGAGGUCAGGAAGUACGCCAACUUCCAGCAUCUGCUGAAUCGCACCCUGGAAGUAGUCCUCCUGCUAAACACAUUCUUCAGGUCCCUGAGCGUUCGGGUGGUGCUUGUGGGCCUGGAGGCCUGGACCCAGCGCGACCUGAUAGAAAUGAGCCCAAACCCAGCGGCCACGCUAGAAAACUUCCUCCGUUGGCGCCGGACGGACUUGCUGCCUCGAUUGCCUCACGACAGUGCCCAGCUGGUGACGGUCACUUCCUUCUCUGGACCCAUGGUGGGCAUGACCAUGCAAAAUUCCAUCUGUUCUCCUGACUUCUCGGGAGGCGUGAACGUGGACCACUCCACCAGCAUCCUGGGAGUCGCCACCUCCAUCGCUCAUGAGUUGGGUCACAGCCUGGGCUUGGACCAUGACUCUCCUGGGAGCAGCUGCCCCUGUCCAGGUCCAGCUCCGGCCAAGAGCUGCAUCAUGGAGGCUUCUACUGACUUCCUGCCGGGCCUGAACUUCAGCAACUGCAGCCGCCUGGCCUUGGAGAAGGCCCUCCAGGGUGGGAUGGGCAGCUGCCUGUUCGAAUGGCAAGGGCUGCCCGGCCCGCCCCUGGCGUCGUCUUUGUGCGGAAAUCUGUUUGUGGACCCUGGCGAGCAGUGUGACUGUGGCUUCCCAGAUGACUGCACUGAUCCUUGCUGUGAUUACUUCACCUGCCAGCUGAGGCCAGGGGCCCAGUGUGCGUCCGACGGACCCUGCUGCCAAAACUGCAAGCUGCGCCCAGAUGACUGGCAGUGCCGCCCUCCUACAGGCGACUGUGAUUUGCCCGAGUUCUGCCUAGGCAAUAGCUCCCAGUGCCCCCCUGACGUCAGGCUAGGGGACGGUGAGCCCUGUGCCAACGGCCAGGCUGUGUGCAUGCAUGGACGCUGCGCCUCCUAUGCCCAGCAGUGCCAGUCACUCUGGGGACCUGAGGCCCGGCCUGCCGCACCACUUUGCCUCCAGACAGCCAACACUCGUGGCAAUGCCUUCGGGAGCUGUGGCCGCAGCCCCAGCGGCAGCUACAUGCCCUGCACCCCUAGAGAUGCCAUUUGUGGGCAGCUGCAGUGCCAGGGGGGUAGAAGCCAGCCCCUGCUGGGCUCAGCCCAGGAGCUGCUCUGGGAGACCCUGGAAGCCAAUGGGACACAGCUGAACUGCAGCUGGGUGCACCUGGACCUGGGCAGCGAUGUGGCCCAGCCCCUGCUGGCUCUGCCUGGCACUGCCUGUGGCCCUGGCCUGGUGUGCAUUGACCAUCGAUGCCAGCCUGUGGACCUGCUGGGAGCACAGGAAUGUCGAAGCAAAUGCCAUGGGCAUGGGGUGUGCGACAGCAACAGGCGCUGCCAUUGUGAUAAAAGCUGGGCACCCCCCAACUGCAUGACCCAGCUCCGAGCAGCCAGCUCCCUGACCACAGGCUUGCUCCUCAGCCUCCUCCUGUUGCUGGUCCUAGUGGUACUUGGUGCCAGUUACUGGCACCGCUCCCGCCUGCACCAGCGACUCUGCCAGCUCAAAGGAUCUAGCUGCCAGUACAGAGCAGCCCAAUCCAACGCCCCUGAGUGCCCGGGACCCCCCCAGAGGGCGCAGCUGAUGCCAGGCACUAAGACUAGUGCACCCCACUUCCCGGCCGCCCCCUCCAGGCCGCUGCCACCUGACCCUGUGCCCAAGAAACUCCAGGCUGAGCUGACUGGCCGAACCAGUCCCCCCACUCGCCCUCUGCCCGCUGACCCUGUGGUGAGGCGCCCGAAGUCUCAGGGGCGUGCCAAGCCCCCACCCCCAAGAAAGCCACUGCCUGUGGACCCCCAGGGCUGGCACCCAUCAGGUGACCAUCCUGGCGCAGGAGCUAGAAGCAUGCCAUCGGUGGUGCCCUCCAGGCCAGCACCACCACCCCCAGCAGCAUCCUCGCUCUACCUCUGACUGCUCCUGUGGUUCCUCUGCCUCCAACCCAGUACUCAGAGAAGUGGAAUCUGGCGGAGUCCCCCCACCACACACCCCAACUUACUAACGGAGCAGAAGUCUAGACCCUGUAGUGUCCAGUAGUAAGGAACUGCCCACGUUCAGGUGCUGCUAAGCAGCACCCUGGGACUCUCCUACACGCUGCAGCUGGGUACUGGGGAGGGGCAGGGCCUUGACUGGGCUGAAGGUGGUGCACACAGCCUGUCUGUCCUGUUGUAAUAAUAAAUGUGAGAUCUUGGAAA